UUGUUUGUACAUGCUUGAAUCGGAGCUUCUAUAGUUUUUUUGACACCAACAGCCAUGGCGAUAUUACCGCGAUAACCCUCAAGCUGUACCCUUGCCUGCCCUUGGAUACGCUCCGCCACGAUGUCGAAGACGAUAAAGGACCUCACCGCUGGUACUGCAGGUGGAAUUGCGCAGGUCCUGGUGGGACAGCCAUUUGACAUCGUGAAAGUUCGCAUGCAAACGGCGUCCAAAGGCACCUACAAUGGAAUGAUGCAUUGUGCAGGCGGCAUUCUAAAAAAUGAAGGUCCUUUGGCGUUUUACAAGGGAACGCUCACGCCACUCCUGGGGAUAGGAGUGUGCGUUUCCAUCCAAUUCGGUGCCAUCGAGUAUAUGAAGCGAUUCUAUGCCGAACAAAAUCUUCUGAAAGGGAUAGGCGGCGCCGGUGGUGCUAAUUUGACUGGAUCCCAGCUCGUUAUAUCUGGUGUUAUUGCUGGAUUGGCCAACGGCGUCGUAUCGGGUCCCGUCGAACAUAUCCGUAUUCGUCUACAAACACAGCCCGACAAAAACAAGCUGUAUUUCGGGCCUUGGGACGCGAUCAAAAAGAUUUACUCUGCCCAUGGAAUACAAGGAAUUUAUAAGGGUCAAGCUGUCACUCUUCUUCGUGAAGCUACUGGAUAUGGCAUGUAUUUCUUGGCGUACGAGAAACUUGUUCAGCGGGAAAUCGCCACUAAGGGCAUUAAACGCGACCAAAUUAACCCGGCUAAUGCUGUUCUGUAUGGCGCUGCUGCAGGUUACGCGCUUUGGGCUGUCAUCUAUCCUAUAGAUAUGAUAAAAUCCCGGAUGCAAACAGACGGUUUCAGCCCUGCGACCGGUCAAAAAUAUUCAUCAACGCUUAACUGUGUACGCACAGUAUGGCGAACGGAAGGGAUCAAGGCAUUCACCCGAGGCUUGGGACCCACUUUGAUAAGGUCUCCUUUUGCAAAUGGUGCCACAUUUCUAGGGUUCGAAAUGGCCAACCGCCUCCUGAACCCUUCGUAAUUUAUCUGCCGUUCGUAUUUAUUUGAGGUUUCCCUUGGAUAUUCUAGAGUCCUGUCACUGUUUUGAACGUACUGGUUGUAGACUGCCGCUGGUGAAUCAUAGAUUACGAUUCGGCCCAGGGUCAACGUAUUGAAAUCGUGCCUGAAGCGCCGCCC